UUGAACACCAGCAACCAUGCAAUGCUUGGAGAUGGACGGAGGUAUUCAGGUGCCUCUGGUCAACCGGCAGACCUGGAAGGGACUCCUCCCCAAGUCUACGGAGCCCCUGUGUCAUCCCAUCACCCAUGUCCGGUUCACCUACGAGGACCUGAGGAAGUACAACGAUGAUAUGUUCCAGAUGAUGCCGGAAUGCCAGAAACACUACAUGGAAAAGAUGGGCCUCCCUGAUGUACCUUGGAAUUUUCUGGUUGGUCCCGGAGGCAUCAUCGUGGAGGGCCGUGGAUGGCACACGCAGCCAUGGCGGCCCGAGGAAAAGUUUCCAGAACUUAAGGGUAAAAGUUGCUUAGACAUCGCCUACAUCGGGGAUUACGCAGACCUAUCAACGGACCCGACAUGGGAGAUGGUCCGCUCCGGAAUGUACCUGAUCAUGCACGGACUGAAAAACAACUACAUCAGUUCUGCCUUCCAGACCAUCCCUUACAGAGACAAGGCUGGGGUUUAUCAAUUCCUAUCCGAAGACAGCGACACCCCUGAGGGCCACCUGUUGAGGGAAGAUUAAUGUUAGGAUUUACUUUUGUACAAAUAUUUGUAAAAUA